UAAAUGAAAAAAUAACGAAAUUACGCAGUCAAAUAUGAGUUAUUUUCAACGACAAAUAUUGGACAUUUUUCUUUGUUUUUUUUACUCUUUUUUCCUGGACGCUUUUUUUCGGGGUAGGGUAGGGCGCCUACCAUCCAUUAGUAAAUAGGAAAGAUGGCAGCGGAUUAUUGCGCUUUUCCCACUGUGGAAAAGAAUCGGCAGACAUUUUUUUUAGAAGAGUUAAAAUUUAUUUCUAGUUGAUAAUGAAUUCCUCUAUUAUUUUCAUAGAAUUUUUAGGUUAAAUAACCAUGACAGCCUAUGGUUGCCAGUUUUAAAUCCAUAUUUUAGGGUUUUUUGAGGUUUUAGGGAAGUUUUGGGAACGAAAUCAUGAAAAAUCCGGGCUUGUAGAGUCCAGAAACUUUUUUGUAACAUUUUUUUUGAGGGUGUGGAAGAGAUCCAUAGUGCAGUGACUCAUGUUUUGACUGUAAUUUUCAAGAUGAAGGCAAUCGACGAAAUUGAGCAAAGGGACCUGCCUCAGGCCCUUCGUCUUCUGGGUGAGAUGAAUGCAAAUGUUCUACGUGUUAAUCAACUCGUGGAUAAUAUGUUAGUACGAGUGAAAAAUGGAGAAGUAUCAACUGACAAGGGCUUGAGCUUCCUGGAGAUAAAGUAUCACAUGUUACUUUCUUAUCUGAUUAAUCUUACGUACGUUGUAUUGAGAAAAUGUUCCGGGGAAAAAAUUGAGGGUGAUCCAUCCAUUGAUCGUCUGGUGGAGAUCAGGACAGUGCUGGAGAAAAUCAGACCGAUUGAUCAUAAGCUGAAGUAUCAGAUUGAUAAGUUGGUGAAGACCGCUGUCACAGGAAGCACCAGCCGUUCAGAUCCCAGUUAUUUCAGGGCUAAUCCAGAAGCCCUGGUAACCAAGAUCGAGGGCAGUGAUCAGGAGGAUAAGACUGACAGCGAAGAGGACGAAGGGAAGAGCAGUAAAGCCAGGAAGACUGGACUUUAUGUGCCUCCUAAAAUUACUGCUGUUCAUUAUGAUGGAGAUGAAACAAUGAUGGAAAAAUUACGUAAAGCUGGUGAGCGUGCACGAAGACGUGCAAUAUCAGGUGCUGUACUUCGUGAACUGAAGGAAGAGUACUUGGAUGCACCUAUGGAGGAUAUCCAGGGUGGUGAAAAGCAGAUUAGUUUAGGACGAGAAAAUAAACGCAAAAUUGAGUUUGAAGAGAACUACAUGACGCGUUUGCCAGUGACGAAACAGGAGAAACACCGCAGUCGCCAAAUUUCUACACUUGGACAGCUUGGUGACGAGAUCACGAGCUUUGGAGGAUCAUCAUCGGGUCCCAUGAAGAAACGAAAAGCCGCCAAGGGGAAAGGAAAAAAGAGUUUCAAGAAGAAACGACAUUAUUAAUUUUUUUUAUAACGACACUCGUCAAUCGUUUCAAGGUAAAUCAAAAAAACGCAAAAUCAUUUUUAAAAAACUUUGGUGAAACUCGUGCGCGAGACUUCUGGUAAAUACUCACGAAACUACUAAAUUAGAGUAAUUAACGGAAUAUAUUUAGAUGUAAAAAAUAGAUCGAGUUCAAAAAAUGAAAAGAAACAGGGAAACCGAACGUGUACCGUGAGAAACCCAGUUUAAGGGCGUUUUUGGUUUAUCCACACCAAUAAAACAUGAAUUCCUUUUUUUCCACCAAAUAUGACGUUCAAUGAUUCACAGACCAUCCACAAUGAUUUUUCGAUAGAACGACAUUUAAUUUUCAUUCGAAUGUUACGGAAUUUAUCGGUAAUUCAGUAGCCAAGUGGUAAAACAAAAUAAAUUGAUUCACCUCUGACUCUAGUUCUUGAGCAAUAACUCCGAAUCUAAGAGAGAUAGCAGACUUUUUGUAAUAACAUUUAUUGUUAUAUUCAAUUUGCUCCACAAAAACGUUCAUAACGAAAGUUUUGUUAUGAUCCCUGGAUUUUGAGAUAUUCAUCAAAACCAAUCAAUAGUCAAAAGUCACUUCUCUCGUUUCACCAUUUCGCUACUUAAUUUAUGAGUUAGAGGGGACUAAUGUAGGAAAAUUAAGGGAAUCGUUCGUCGACUGAAGAACCGUCAAACGGGCAAUUAAUACAUGGAAAAUAGUCGAAUAAGCAACAGUGGAACGAGGAAAAGUUCAACGUGCAAAACUAAAAAAAGAAUGAUGGACCAUUAAAUCUGCGAAGAAUUACAUUUUCGGUGAGACUUAUUUCAUACAAUAAAUUGGCAAUUCAGCAUUUCACUAUUGAUGUAAAGAAGACAGUAAAUUAUUGAUCAAAACAUAGGAUUCCCUGAUCAUUUAAUAAUUUGUUGUAUAUGCAGUCGACAGCAUUCCGUAACUUUCUCUUGACAAUUCCUUGUCCUUAUCAAUCGUGGAAAAGAUCCCAACAUUUAUUUAUUUAUAUUAUUAUUAUUAUUACUAUUAUUAUGUAAACUCUUAUCAGCUGAUAUCAAAUACAGAGAUUGUAACACGGUACUCGGCACAGCAGAUAAAUUACCUUUGAUUUAUUCCACUUUCGAUUUUCUGAUUUUUCAGCUGAAAUACUAAAAUGUUUUUGCUUCAAUUUUUUCAUUUAUUUUUAUUGUCAACUACAGAAGUAGAAACGGAACACAUAUUUUUGUGAUUGUAAGGGAACUGGGCAGAGAAUUACUUGUGGUUAUUCUAUUGAAAAAUAUCACAAUAAUUCCGACAUUUUUUAUAAAACACAAUUCAACAGUUUUGAUGGAAAAAAAUAUAAUUUUCAUUGUAUUUUCAUUGAGCGUAUCAUCUACAACCGCUAGACAACUACUAGAAAUCAAUGAAAAUUCAUUUCAUAUUCUGAUUUAUAUAUUGUUUUAUAUUGAUAUAUUAAAUAGUGUUGAGAGUGCUCUGCGUCCGGAAAGAGGAUCCGUCUAAUUACUCGGUUUCUCACGGUACAUUCCAAUUUUUAUGUCAUCAAAGAAACUACAAAUCCAUGCCAGAUAAAAUAAUAUUUGUUUUGCAUUUUUAAAUCGAUCUCAGUGGGAAUAAUAUGUUCAGGAUAUUCUGAAAAAGUGAACAUUCCCAUAAACUGAAACGCACACAAAUUUGUGAUUUAUUUACAGACAUGGAAAGACCGUUUGGAUAAUCACUUGAAGGGCUAAAAAUGAUAAUUAAUAACGCAUGUCUUAGGAUUUUAUCGCUGUUCUAGAGUUUAGGGAUAAGAGAAAUAAUAACGUAGUUGAUAGUUUAACGAUUUUUCGUACUUUACGUUUGAAAAUUUCUCUUCUGGUGAAAUAAAUAAAAUACACAAACAUGUUUGGGGCUACAUUUUCGGUGUCGUUGGUCAAGGAUACGAUUAAAUGAAUCGUGAAUUUUUAAGUUUCAAUUUUUCGUUUUUACUAAUUUAAGUUUUUGGUCUUUUAUCGUUGUUUUAGCAUUACGAGGUAAUUUCCAGGUGUAUUUAUCGUAUUAACAAGUAACGAAAUGAUAAAAAUGGAAAAGAUAAACGUGGACGUGUCAAAAUUCAAAAUUAGCCAAAAUAAAAGGGAAAAGUCAAAAUUUCGAGUAUAUUCUAUGUAUAAUUCUGCAUUGGUUUCAAAAUAUUUUGUGUCCUCUGGGUGUUGUGACGUGUGACAUUGAGAAACAAACAGUAACUUUUGCAAUGAAAUAAUAAUAUAAAAUCAAGAUUGAAAUAUCGGAAAGGCAGAAGUCAUGUUUGGCUCAAAAAAUGGCUCAAUUGGUCACAGAUAAUUAUAUUUUUUACAAAGUGUUCAUCGAAAAUUGAGCCGUCCAAAUGCCACACGCCAGAUCACCUUUGUUAAUCUGUGAAGACGAUUACAAUGUGAUAAAAGAAAAUGAUAAUUGAAAGAGUAACUAGGAAAAUGGAAAAAAUAAUAAUAGGGGGUUCGAUAUGAAUUCAACUUGAUCAAAUCUCUUGUGCAGUCCAUCUUAUUACCGAUCUUUCCUGUGGUUGUAAAAGUAAUGUUUUUCCAGAGUUCAAAUGUUUUCUGAUUUACUAUUUCGAUAAAUUUCUUCCUCCAAUUGGAAUUUUUUUAUCUAAAAACAAUUCCUCGAUCCUUUGACCACAUAUCCUAAAAUAUCUAGUCCAUUCAAGUCGCCAUGGCACCUACCAUCGGACUAAAAAUUUCAGUUGGAUUAUUUUGUAGAGUGAAAUUAUUAUUUUGGAAAAUACAAAUUGUCAGGCUCUGUGUAAUAUCAUCGUUGAGGGCAUAAAAAAUCAUUUUUCGAAAAAUAAUGACUUCAUCCUAGGGAAUAAUGGAAUUAAAAUUAUACUCUAACAGUAAUUGAUAUGAUCAUUUCAAAAAACCAACGGAGAUGUUGGAGUUAUCGUUUAUCCUAUUUAUGAAAGGACAAGCACAUAAAUUAAUUUAGCCACAUAAGCCAUCGGUUAACUUCAUCCAUAAGACUUUUUCCUCACUGGCCAAUGGGUUCGAGAUGGCAAAUUCGUUUCUCGUUUAUAUUCAACACUGGAAAGAUUGACAAUAUGAUCGGCGAUAGAGUUUUGAUCACGCUGAGUGCACGUGAAAUAUCUCCACGCAAAAAAAAUAAGUGGAAAAUCAGUCGAAGGUGUUUUAAAUGCCGGUGACUCUCUUCCACGAAAUCGGCAGUUACCGGCAAUUUUAUAUCAAAAUAAAAAUAAGUGAAGUGUAACGAAGAUCUUGAUAAACAAAUAAUGCCAAUACACGAGUCCAAGUUACUUAUUCUUCCACAACAGGGUUUAAUGCAAUUGAAAAAUUAAUGAAAAAUGAAUAAAAGUAAAAUGAAAAUGUUAUAGGUAAACCACAGAGAGUGGUUAAUAGAAUUGUAUUUUUUUCAAUAGAAAUGUAUGAGAAAAAUGCUACAAGAAAGUCAACUAAAAAUAUGGUAAUGAGUUGUACGAAUAUUGAAUCGUAAGUGGGUGAGAAACAUCCGAAAUAAGAUGAUGAGAAUGAAUUAAAGAAUGACCUUCCGAACAUAUCCGCUGUUUAAAUUGGUAUCAAAUGGAAUAAUAAACAAAUGAAAUAGUUACAAUAUUAAUUGAAUACUACCUCAUAUGAGCCAACUCAAAGACGAAAACAAAAAAGGAAAUAAAAAUGCAGAUGAAAAUAGUUUU